UGUUGCUUACAUUAUGGACAAGAUGAACCAUCCAGCAUUAGGGCAGUCAUCUGUCCUGUUCCCAAACCUGGAGCCGGCCGGAGGGGGUGGGAAAGCUUCAGUCUUACUGGGCAGCUCUGCAGGGCUCAUCAGCUCUGAUAUGGAGCUUCAGAAAAUGCUCAUAGAUGAGAGAAUGCGCUGUGAGAACCACAAAACCAACUACCAGACCCUGAAAGCCGAGCACACCAGACUGCAGGACGAAUACACUCGGGCGCAGAAUGAACUGAAACGAUUGCUCGGUGAACGUCAGGUCACUCAGGAGAAACAGCAACUGCUGUUGGCUGAGAUGAGAGGAGAGCUGCUGGAUAAAACACGUGAGCUGGAGGAGCUCAAACUUCAGGUGCCAACCCCUCAGCGGCUGGAGCUCUUGAGAGCACAGGUGCAGCAGGAGUUGGAGGCUCCUAUCAGAGAACGCUUCAACAAACUCCAAGAGGAAGCAGAGAAUUACAGAUCCGAGUACAAUAAACUCCGUUAUGACCUCACAUUCCUGAAAUCUGAGUUUGAUCAUCAGAAAGAGGAACAUGUUCGAGUCCUGGAGGAGAGACGUAUACGACAUGAAGCUGAUGUGGCCCGUCUUGAGCAUGAUAAGGAGGAUCUGGCCGCUCAGCUUCAGAGUGGAGAUCCUGCACGGGACGGGAAGCGUGUGGAGGCUCUGCUGAGGGAAAAAGCACAGCUCCAUCAGCGGCUCCGAGGUCUGGAGGCAGAGGUGGCUGAACUUAGAGCAGAGCGAAACAACUCGGGUGCUCAGGCUGAAAAUGUCCACAGGAUUCAGAUCCGACAGCUAGCCGAGUCACAGGCUACAGUAAAAGCACUGGAGGCAGAGAAGCAGUCUAUUCGUAUGCAGUUGGACCGAACAGAAAGUGAACUUCGUCUAUCUCAGGAACAAAACACACUCCUUACAGGAAAACUGCACAAAGCUGAGAGAGAAAUCAACUCACUCAACAGUCAGGUGCAAGAGAUGAAGCAUGCUCAUAAGCUGGAGCUGGCGAAUGUAAAACUAGAGUGUGUCAGAGCCAAAGGAGAGAUGGAAAGGGACCGAGACACUCUGCAAUGCCAAGUGGAAGGUCUACAGUCCGAUAUAGAGGUUCUGAAGGAAACAUUCGAGAGAAAUAAAGACUUGAUAUCUGAAAAAGAGAGAGAGAUGGUUCGCAGGGUUCAGGCAGCAAGAGAGGAGGAGAUAAAUAAGAUGGCAACCCUUCAGGAAGAGAAGCUAGAGCUGGAGAAUCGGUUGUCUGAGCUUGAACAGCAUAGAGCUCUUCAGGAGGCAACGGGUAACACCCAGAAAGAAGAGUGGGAGGAGCGUCUCCGUGCCGCCCAAUUGGGGGAGGAAUCUGUCCGUAAGGAACUGCACAUCCUGAGAGCUAAAGUUCAGCAGCAAGGCCAACAGCUGGAAGAGCUGGAGACCUUGAGAGCAGAAAACGCAGACUUGAGACGACAAAAUGCUGAUGUCAACUUGCAGAUCGGGACACUCUCUCACUCUGAGAGUGAGCUUCUAGAAACCAACAGCAGACUGAGAGAAUGUCUGGAGAGAGUGAGAGAGGACCUGCGGAGUGCUCGCACACAAAUGGAGAGGAUGCAACAGGAGGCAGAGAGGUUGGUGGAUGAAAGGCGGGUGGAAUGGUUGGAGGAGAAGCACAAACUGCAGGAUAAAGAGGCAGAACUGCGGGACAAAUACAGUCAGGCCAAAGAGCGCCUGCAGAGGGCAGCAUUUGCUCAAAAAAAGAGGAAAACAAUAACUGAACUAAAAGAGAAGAAACUCCAGGACAAGAUUCAGCUCCUGGAAGCCAAGAUAGAAGAGCUUGAGAUAGAAGCCAGCACAGCCAAAAAGAAAUCCUCAUACUCUGAAGAACACGCUCAGCUGAGCAAGCGUUUAAAGGAGCUGCAGCGGAGACACAAUGAGUUCCGUCGUCUGUUGCUGGGCAACCAGAUGACCUCCACCCCUCUGGCCCCAUCCCUCCUCAUCCCAGCAGACUCCAUCUUCUCAAACAUACAGGAGGAGCAGCACCAGAGGGAGUUGUCUGUGCUGCGGAGACGCUUGGAAGAUCUGGAGAGCAGUCAGCAGCAGCAGCUGGAAGAGCUGUCUGCACCUCUGGACAGGGACAGAGACCGAGAAAGACUCCCAAGUCCACGCGAUGCUCUUCCUGACCUCUCUUGACCACAACCCGUGUGAUUACAUUGACUUUGUGCCACAAUCCUGACAUACUGUAUGACAUUCGGGAGCCUUGUCGUGCUUUGCAACAGAAAGGUCAUAGAUCACUUAAUAAAUCCUGUUGCAUUAUUUAUUGAUCAAUCUUCCUUAACUGUUUACCUUCUUAAUGUUUACAUAACUUGUGGCUUGUGUUGCUGUUGUAAUCUUCCACAAAUUCAGUCAUUUUAAAAUUUUUGCUGUACUUUGAUAUUGAAAUUGAUUCUGAGAAGCCAUGUUUUAUCUCUUUUUAUUUAUUUACCAGACAUUUGUAUACCCAAAUGUGCAUCUACAUUGUUGUUCAAUGAAUCAUUUUUGUAAACUAAAUGUUUAUAUAGUUGUGUAAAAUUGUCAUGAGAAUGUUUCCUCAAGGCAAAACGCUCUGAAAGUGCUCACCCAUGAUUUUAAUGUGUUUGAAAUA